UAAUCACUUGAUUCAUCGCCUUCAACAACGGCCACGAACGGUACCCAGUUACUCUCGACCAGACACGCAGUUCGAAGUGCUUGAAACACUCAACAAACUCUCAGUCAACCUCUGCUUUUAUCGGCGACGACGUCAACUUUGCCGUUGUCGACCAGUAAUUAGAGCGGUAUGGGCGUGGCACACAAGGAGAAAGAGAAGGAUGCGCAAGGAAGAAGGAGACCAGGCCGAGUACCGACCUCUUGCGCCGAAUGUAGGCGGCUGAAAUUACGCUGUGACAAGAAGGUUCCAUGCGAAAAAUGUGUCUCUCGGGGAUGCGGGGCGAUAUGUCCAGACGGCUCUCUAACGACCUGGAAAGGGAACAGACUGGUUCUCGCCAAUACAGCGGAAUUGCACGAACGUAUUGAUACCCUAUGUGGUCGCAUUCGGGAACUGGAAACUGCGUUGAGAACGUUACAAAUUCAAGUUUCCGAUGAACCACAUCCGUUACUCAGCGCAGACCUACUUCAACUAAAGGCACCGCAGUCGAACUUACCACCCAAAGCAUCUUCACCAGCGACGACUGACCCUCAAACUUCCUCACCGGCGUCUUGUAGUCCUCCGGAGGAACCUCAGGACAUGGAUGAAGAUGAGAUCCUUGUGGAUGCGUUCGGCACUCUUUCCAUUGGUGUGAAUGGCGAGUCUACCUUUCUCGGAAAAACAGCGCGCUCAGAGUUUUUAAUCCGCGCUCUAUCAAGGCCACCGAACUACGAAGAAAUGGAGUGCCCGAGAAUAUCUAAAAAGAUCAUGGCAUCCUCCUGUACAGACUCGGAAAAAGACCCGGAAAGCCUUGGAGGCGAGCUUCUCUCAAUGUUACCCACCCUCUCUGAAGCGAUUCGCCUAUGCGAGGUUUACUUGGAACACGGGAAAUACUUCUAUUCAACCGUUCCGAGAUCAGAACUAUUCGAUGAGGUUCUCUUGGUCGUCUACCGGGCGGGGAACUUCUCUUCCAUCGGUUGCCAUCACACAGUAGCGCUCCUCUUUUCCGUCUUUGCGCUCGCUUCCCUCUUCGACAACACGCGCACCCCAUACAACAUUGAAGCCCAAGAGUACUUCUAUUUGUCUCGCGCUACUAGCGGACUAGAUCCACCCACGAAAAGAACUACUCUAAGGAUGUGUCAAGCUAUGCUGCACAUGGCACAAUACCUUGAGCUUAGUGACUGGCAGGCUCUCGGAACAAAUGCAGCACUGCCUGUUGCAGGUCAUGCAGUUCGUUUGGCUGUUAGCAUCGCUUUACGUGGGUAUCACUACCUUUGUUGUUGGCUGUCCUUUUUGGCCCCUCCUGAUCAGUCACGUCCAGACCUCAACGGUGCUCGCUGGAAGCUUCCUGAAGAGAUUCAACAACGGCGGAAUAGAGUCUUUUGGUCGUUAUUCGCGAACGAUACAUGGUCGAGCUUCUCAUAUGGCCGCCCGCCAAACCUUUCUCCUGUGUACGUUGACUGUCCGUUCCCUAAGGAUUGCGAGGAAUUCGUGAACGCUGAGGGUGAACGUGAGUUUGGAUUUCACACUUGGGUGUGGAAAUACUCUGCCUUCAUGCACACAAUAAUGGAAACUGCGUUUGCAUGCACAAUACCUACCUACGCUAAAGUUCUCGAGCUGGAUAGGAACAUUCGAGAUUUCCCUGUUCCUCCACAUCUCAGAAUACGGUGCGGUCACGAGCCCAGAGCGGACUUGAUUAUGCAGAGAUACAUGGUUCUCUGUUACAAGGAUACGGUAUUGCUCAAUCUCCACAGAGCCUAUCUUGCCCAAGCUCUUCUGGACCAACCUCAUGACUUGACGAACCAUCGCUUCGUUCCGUCUGUUAUGGCAACGUAUCGAUCGGCGUGGAGGUUGAUGAAGGGAUUAAAACAAGUCCAGGAUGAAGUCCCGGAUCUAGCGGCACGGUACAACCUGGCGUGGUCUCAGGCGCUCUCUGCUACAAUAGUAAUGUGUAUCCUCAUUACGCGAGCACCGCAAUCGAAGAUGGUAAACUCUGCGCUUGAGGGGAUUGAUGAUGUCGCGAAGGUGUUUGAAGUGGCAGCACCGACCUGUAGGUCGGCGUCGAACAUCUUGGACACUAUACUCAACCUCCAACGAAAAGCCCACGAAGCAGUGGACCAAGCGCCUGGUCCCCCUGAUCCUACCCGGUGUUUCCUUGAUCUGUCCUCAGACGAACUCGACAGGCUUGGCGGGCGUACGCAACUCGUACUCCCAGAAGAACAUCAGCAGCAGCCCGGUAGCAACCCGGCUUCCUUGAAUGGUCUCAACGCAAAGCAGAGUCCUCCUCCUACCACUCUCGGAAAAGUUCACAACACCAUGAUGGCAGAACAAGGGAUUCAGGAUAUGCACCCUACGAUUGCCCAAGACAUGAGGAGUCUAGAUUCGUUGGGAGGACCUGUCUUGAGCUUCUACGACGGGCAGCCCAGUUCGACAGCCGAGAGCUCCUUCCAUAUGAAUGGGAAUACUUCAAAUAGGACUGCACCUCACUCGGAUAUAGAUUCGUUCAUGGACAACCACAAUCAGUUCGGGGAACAGCUCCAUCUGUUUGGAUCUGCGCCAAAUGGGAUGUUUUCUGCGCUGGCUCAUCCGCCGACUAGCGCUGGUGGAACCGGCCAUUUUGGUGUGGGCGAGGGGGCGCCGAUUCUGGAUGCUACUUGGCAUAGCUUUGUUGAGCAGCUGGGAUUCUGA